AUGUUGAAAGCGGCAAUUAUAUCGAAACUUGAUGGAAGUCCUUCGAAAGAAGAAAAUGAGCAAAAAAAUCAAGGAGAAGAGAUAACUAACGUAAAUAACAAUGAUUUUGAUGCAGAUUCCGAUUUUGUUGAUUUCGAAACUGAAGCAGAUAAGACAACUAAGAAAGAAGAAGAAAAACCAAAAGAAAGCGAAAAUAAAAAUAUCGAAUCUCUUCCAAAAGAUCAAACAAAUGAUUCUCUUGAAUUUGAUAUCAACGAUAUAGUUACGCCAGAUCCAUCUCCAAUGAGUACUUUAACAUUAAAUCAAGCCCCUGUUAUUGGAGCUAUGAAGAAUAUUGAACCUCCAAAAGAAGAAAAUGAAGAUAAGCAAAUCCAAGAAAAUGUCAAUGAAAUACAAAAUGGAUUACAGAAACUGAUUAACGGUAAUGACAAUAAAGAACAAAAACAAGAUAAUCAGCAAGAGAAUAAAAAUACAGAAAAAAAUGAUGCAGAACCAGUAUCCGAUGAUUUUAAUUUAGAACUUACAGAUGAGAAAAAAGAAGAAAACGAUGCUUCGACUGCCAAACAGGAUGAAAAAAUUGAAGAGAAAAAUGAAAUACCAAACGAAGAUGCUUCUGUGAAACAAGAAGAAAAGCAUGAAGAAAGUGAUCACAAAGAAAAUGAAAAGAAAUCUUCAUCAUCUUCAGAUAACGAAUUUGAUGAUUCUUUUGAAUCGACUAAUAACGAAGCUCCUAAGACUGAAAAAGAGGAAAAUAAGGAGAAUGAAAAGAAUAGUGAUGAUGGCAAGAAAUCUUCAGAUGAUGAUUUCGAAGAUUCGAAAGAGAUCACUCUGAAUGAUAAAUCAGCUGAGGUAAUACCAGAAAAUGAACACACAAAGUCAGAUGAAAAGAAAGCUGAAGAAAAAAAGAAAUCAUCAAGUUCAUCAGAUGAAGAAGUAGUAAUGAACGAAACAUUACCUCAAUCUCCAAUCCCACAAAGUAAAAAGGAAGAACAUGACAAUAUUGAGAUAAAGGUUGAAGAUUCUUCAUCUUCUGGUUUUGAAAUUGCUGAAUCUCCAAAACCACAAGAGCCCCAAGAUAAAUCAGAGGAGAAAAAUGAAGAAGUUCCAAAGAAUGAGGAGGCUAAGAAAGAUGAAGAUAAUAAGAAAGUUGAUGAACCAGAUCAAACAGAAAAGAAGGUAGAAGAACCUAAAGAAAACAAAGAUACAGAAGAAAAACCGAUUUCAUCAAUCAUUCAUAACAAAUUGGAACCAAAUGUUUCAUUUGAUAAUUUAGCUGAAGAGAAGAAGAAUGAACCUCAGCCAAAAGAUAAAAGGAAGGCUAGUAUUAUAUUAUCAUCAGACGAUGAACCUGAAGGACCAGAGCCACAGAUUAAAGUUCAUGAACCUCCACCUCGAAAUAAAGACGAGCAAAAGAAAAUGUGGGAUCUCAAGGAAUACAUAGAAGCAGCCCCAGUUAUUAUUCAAGAAGGUGAAGAUGAAAAGAAAAAUAAAAAGGAAGAUGAUGAUGUAUUUCCAACUGCACCGCCAUCAACUCAAGAGAGUGCAAGAGCCCCUAGAAGAGCAACUCAACCCGCAAAGCAAAAUGAUUUCAGUACUUCUCAGCAGACAUACACAUAUUCGCAUUCAAAGGGUGAGUUAGAAAAAGGAAUUAGUGCCCUCAAAAAGAAUAAAUAUCCAGACCAAUCAAUUAAUCGUGAUUUGGAUCACUAUCUUGAAGAAAAAAUGGAAAAAUGCAUUAUUAAUUCCAAUUAUUCUGAAGCAGAACAAUACGAAAACCUACAAAAGUUCCUUGAAUCAUAUGUUGAUUACUCUCCACUCCAGAAAUCUCGCGAUAUUCAAAUCAAAGAGAACCAAACAAAAUUAGAUAAAGCAAAAGACAAACAUGAAUACAUCAAGAAACAAUAUGCCGAAGCUAUUGAGAAUGCUAAGCAAGAGCAACUAAAGAGAGAAGAAGCUCUUCGUCAACAACAUGAUAAGGAAUUUGAAGAAUUGGAGAAAGUUUGGGAAAGCCCAGAUACUCUAUAUCCAUUCCAAAAGCCAUCACCACAAUUACUGUACCUAAGGCAGCACGAAACUCAUGCUGCUCUUAGCAAAAAGUUUAGAAAUGCGAAAUCCUUCAAAGCUCAAGCUGAUGAAUUACAGAGGAGAGAAACACAAAUGGCAAGAGAAAAGAUAACUGCUGCAAUGAAAUCGGCUUUUACAAAACUCGAAGCAAAACAACAAAGAGAAUUAGAAUGCUUAAGGCAAAGAGGUAUUACACAGAUCAGAGAUUUAGAAACUGAAAGAGAUAAAAGACUUUAUUCGUCAAUGAUUGUAGUUAAACGACUGGAAAAUGCUAAACCUAAAGAAGGAUCAGUUACAAGAACUUCAUUCAGAGCAAAGCCAUUAAAGGGAGACUCUACAAUGAGAUCAAAGAUGACUACCUUAGAUAUUGGACCAGUUAACGUUAAAAGUAUUGUUAAACGGUUAAGGUCGCCAGACUCAUCAAUGAUUAGGAAGAAGAAGAGCGAUGAGCAAAACUAUUCAAAAAGCUCAGACUUUUAG